GUGAUUUGUGAUGUUUUGUGAAAUUCAUUUUAAUGUAAGAAUAAGCUUAGUUGAGAAUUUUUAAACAAAUGAGACCAAAAGUAAAGUUUAACGGAGCGUCGCAUGGUUGUGUCAAAAGACUUAAAUAUUUUCACUAAAGUGGCAAAUAAAGAUGGUGAAAAUGGAUGCUUCUAAAAUGACCAGUAAAACAAGCUCUCUUAAAGCUUUAAUUUUGAAAGCGUGGCGUGAAAGAUGGACUGAUAUUCAAUGGGGGAUAAAUAUCAAGACUAUUCUUCCAAGAGGCGUCAGUGGAGACUUAUAUAACCUGGCUGAUUGUAUUCUUCAACAAGCUAUGGUAGGCUGCGGUGCAAAUCAAUUGGUAAUAUCAUAUCUUAAACAUUCCUUGGCAUCACAUUUAGUGUCAUAUGCUGCUGUACUGCAAAGAAUAGCCAAAUUCGACGCCUUUCAUAAACCUCACUGUAUCUUAAGUCUCUUAGAAUUUUUAGAAGGUUUUCUUGACAGUAUUACUUGUCGUAGCAAAAUGGAAGAAGAAAUAUUGGCGUUUGCUGUAUCAUCUAUCAUCUUAUGGUUACUCCAAGUCUAUCAUUAUUCAUUGAGUAAAUAUCCAUCAUCAAAUCCUAUACAAAGCCAAGAACUUUUGGAAAAAUCCACAUCCCUCCUUAAUUCAAUUGUUCAUUCUGACUUUUUGUUGUCUAUGUUUUAUCUUGCUAAACAAAACGAUCCGGAUGAGUUUAAUGAAGUUACAAAAAAGUGCCAGGAGAUUACAGCUUUCAUGAUGAUGAACACUCAAUUUAAAGCACCAGUUACAAUACAUGAUACUUUGCAGAAGAUAUGUAAUAUGGAUAUUGAUAAGAUAGCUCCAUUAAAUACUAAACCGGAGACUGUCACUCAUUGUCUUCAAGCUUUAAUAGCAGUCAAUGUGUUAGCUAAUCCCAGUGCAGAUAUUCAGCAAUUAGCCAGCCAGCUCAUGAUGAUACAAAGAAUUAAAAGUUAUCCUUUAUCUAGACUGUAUUGUGAAUUAAUCCGAGCAUGUUUCAUUUCCUUAAAUGAUGCUAGUAAAGAUGCAUCUAAACAAGCACUGUGGGCUGCAUUUACAUUUCUAAAAUUGCCUCAAGUUAUUAACUAUCUUCAUAAUACUUGCGGUACUACUAAUAAAGAUGGUGAUUACUCUGUAGAGGUAGUGGAAGCAUUUGAAAAGCUGUUACAAGGUACCCCACUUCUUGAUGUUGUCGAUACUAAGAAUUCUUGCAAUAGUGUUAUAUCUUUAUUGGAGCCUUUAGUUAAACUAAAUGUAAUAUCAGAGGCCCAACUUGCAUACUUCAACCAGAAAAGAGAAAGUAAGGAUAUUAAACUUCAAAAAUUAGAACCAACAGGUCUUCAAGGGUCUGUUCUAUCAUUUAUAACCCGUGCAGAGCCAACAUUCGCUGGAAUGCUUAAAACUAUGGGAGGAGAUUUCCAUAAAACUCAAGAUUCAUUAUAUGUAAUGCUUUGUCAAAUUGUAGGGGGUACUACUUUAGAUACAAUUCUGCCUGUUGCUACAGUAGAAGGGAAACUGAAGUUAUUUGUUUCAAGAUUAAUCAAGUUUAAUGAAUUUGCUCUCCUAACAGCUAGUGAAAAAGGAGCAUCUCAGUCAAAAGUCUAUAUCUUUGAUAUUUCAUUUUUAAUUCUAUGCUCUAUUGUCCAAGAUUAUGGGGUUGAUGCUGUUCUUGAUGAAAAUGGAGAUUCAUUUUUUGAACAGUGGGUCAGAGACUGUAUGGUACACAAAGGCAUUCAUAAAUCACCAGAACAAAUAUUGCAAAAAUGUGACUUACAGCUUGUUGAUAUAUUUAUCCAUCAUCUUAGUGCACCCGAUUUUGACUUUAAGAAUACAAACUUAAAACCUCAUGACUUAUGCACUAAUGUAUGUGGAGUUAUAAAAGAAAUUCUAUUUGCAUGGGAACAAGGAUCAAUUUCGUCUGCUGAUGUCAAGCGUAUGUUAGAUUCAUUAAGGCAAAAAAUGGCUUCAUUAGCUGUAUGUGCUUCAGUAUGGCUUUGUUCAUAUAUCAAUGUUGUACAUCAAGAUGCGUAUAUAAAACCUUUAAAUAUGGUCCAACAGUUUUUAUCGCCACCAAGUGAAGUUGAAUUGGCUCAAAUUGAUAAUUUUAAAGAGAGGGCCAUUUUGAUGUGCCAGAUAGUAAGAAAGAUGCAAUAUGACAUCCAUCCACCGCUAGUACCAAAAUCUAAAGUUUUGCCAUUCACUCAUUGUAUUGUGUCAAAACAACCAAUUUUGGAACAGCUUCAGUCUGUAUGGGAAGAUGUUAAAACAAGAGGAUACUUGCAUAUAGAUGCCACUCAAAUUGUUGAGAGUCUCCUGAAUACUGCUGGCCCUGUAUGGUUUGUAACAAAUUUAAUCAAAGAAAUGUUAAAAUUUCGAUAUCAGGAUGAUUUAGACAGAUCUGUGGAUAUUAUCUUAGCAAUGUUUCACUUUAAUAUUGAAAAGUGCACAGAAGCAUUAUUACUACAUGUUUUGCCUCAGUAUCUAUAUAAUGCUAAACUAUGUGAUGAGUUGGUUGAGCCUCAAUCAGCUAUUUUGGCUAAACUUUGUGUUUACAGUAUUUAUGCAUCACUCGAAUAUAGCAUAUCAAAUAGAGUCCACAUAUCUAGGAAACGUCGACAUGAUGAUUCAGAAGAUUUAGAUACAAUGGCUACUUCAAGUAAAGUGAGGAGAAUGAAUGAUAAUACAUCAGAUUCUUUGUAUUAUAAUCAAGGUCAAAGCACAUCUAGUGUGGUAAUAAGGGAACCCUUACAAUCAGCUUUAGAUGUUUUGUAUAAAUCAUUUUCUCAACUCGCAGGAAAGAAUGGUGAAAUUACACCUCAAACUCAAUUUAUAUUCGAAUUUAUGGUACAUAUUGUUCAAUGUGGUCAGGAAAGAGCUCAAAUAGUACUACAAAAAAUGCCAACUGAAAUUAUACCAACUUUAAUAAAAGCAUUACCUGAUAAUUUCAAUGUUGGAUUGAUUUUACGAUUGUAUGAUUUGUCUACAUCAUAUGGAAGAAAAGAUACUGCCAGGGAUCUUUGUUUAUUAAGAAAUAUGCGUCUCAGACCUGAAUAAUGACUUGUUACUUUUUAGCUAUUGAUUGAUGCAUUAAUUAUAUGUAAUUUAGUAUAUAAGGUUUAAUAAAACAAUAUUUUAAAUUA